GCCUGUGAUACCGAGUGGAGAAUGAAUGGUCAUGUAAAGAGUAUGCAUUUUCAACAGUUUAUGGAACCAGCAGCAACAUUACUCUCUCUCCUGCUGGUUAUGGCUGUUGAUUCAACGAGAACUGUGGCGGCAAGCAGAAACCAGCAGUGUGGGAAUUCUCUGCAACAGACCGUGAAGCUGACCAGACUCGUACAGAAGGAAUCUGUCGACCUAAUCAAAACAUAUAAAGCCUCUCAAGGAGAAAUGGCAGAGCUCUUCUGCAAGGUGUCACUUAACGACGUCCCGGACCCCAACAUCUCCGGCCUGGAGCCCUCGGAGAGGAUAGCGAGCAUCUCCACGCAUCUCCAAGCCUUCUUCCCGCAUUUCAAGCGGGUGUACGAGCAGCAGACGGACUUGCAGUCGCCCACGAGCCCGCUGCUGGCUGAGCUCGCCACCGUCAGCGCUCGAAGCAAGAGCCUGGCCGCUCUCAUAAACAGCUUUUAUCAGAGCCUCUUCCCAAACCUGCCUGUACCGGAGCCAGCAGGGGGGCCGACAACACUACCUCCACCCCAGAACGUCUUCCAGCAGAAGGUCUACGGCUGCGUGGUCCUGAAGACCUACAAGGAGCUGCUGUCAAACGUUUCCAGAGAACUGAGGACUCUAAAAAACAAAGUGUGCAGACGGAGGAUGCAAAUAAACACACUCUUCUUCUGAGGAUGACCUAAGGCUGGCCUUAGACAGUCUGCUUUCAACAACACUUAUACUCACUGGGUUGUUAAAGACUUGAAAAGAUAAGUGAGUAUGAAGGUGGCUGGUACAUCGGUGUAAUGAAGCCUAUUUAUGGUAUUUAAUAUUUAUUUUCUUGCGUGUUUCUGAUGAGAGGAGUGCUGUUAUAAGAUCAAGAGUGUAAAGGUUUCUCUGUAUAUUUAAUUUGUCUAAUAUGUUAUGUAAGGUUCUCUUUUGCUGAUAUAAACUUAUUUGCUGUAUAUGGAAUUAUUAAAGAUACUUUGCAGCUGUA